AAUAAGAAGGAAAGAAAAUAUGGGCCAAGUUGCUUUGGUUAUCCACUCAGCAUCUUCUUCAUUGUCAUCAAUGAGUUCUGUGAAAGAUUCUCCUACUAUGGAAUGCGAGCUGUGCUUGUUCUGUACUUCAAAUUUUUUCUCCACUGGGAUGAUAACCUAUCUACAGCCAUCUACCACACAUUUGUUGCUCUGUGCUAUUUGACUCCAAUCCUUGGAGCAAUCAUUGCUGACUCCUGGCUGGGAAAGUUCAAGACCAUUAUCUCCCUGUCCAUUGUUUAUACCAUUGGACAGGCGAUCAUGGCAGUAAGUUCCAUAAAUGACUUGACAGACUAUAACAGGGAUGGAAUUCCUGAUAACAUUCCAUUGCACAUUGGUCUGUCUAUGAUUGGCCUGAUCUUAAUUGCUUUUGGUACUGGUGGAAUCAAGCCCUGUGUAGCAGCAUUUGGUGGAGAUCAGUUUGAAGAGGAACAGGAAAAACAAAGAAAUAGAUUCUUCUCUCUAUUUUAUUUGUCUGUUAAUGCCGGAAGUCUCCUCUCUACUAUAAUCACUCCAAUUCUCAGAGGCGAAGAAUGUGGAAUUCACACCAAGCAACAGUGUUACCCACUGGCCUUUGGAGUGCCUGCUGCACUCAUGGCUGUUUCAUUGAUGGUUUUCAUACUUGGAAGCAAAAUGUACAAGAAAGCUCAUCCUCAAGGCAAUAUAAUGCUCCAGGUUUCCAAAUGCAUUGGAUUUGCUGUUAAAAACAGAUUUCAGCAUCGCAGAAAACAGUUCCCCAAAAGAGAACACUGGCUGGACUGGGCUAGUGAAAAGUAUGAUAAACGACUUAUUACCCAAACUAAGAUGGUCUUGAGGGUACUUUUCCUGUAUAUUCCUCUUCCCAUGUUCUGGGCACUUUUUGAUCAGCAGGGAUCAAGAUGGACAUUACAAGCCACAACAAUGGAUGGAAACUUUGGAGCUAUGCAGAUCCAGCCAGACCAGAUGCAGACCGUGAACCCGAUUCUGAUUGUUAUUAUGGUCCCAAUUGUAGACGCUGUGGUUUAUCCUUUAAUUAAAAAAUGCCACUUCAAUUUCACGCCCCUGAGGAAGAUUACAGUUGGUAUGUUUCUUGCAUCUCUGGCUUUUGUUGCUGCUGCACUGGUACAAGUGCAAAUCGAUAAAACUCUUCCAAACUUCCCGAAAGAAGGGCAAUCCCAAAUCAAAGUAAUAAAUUUAGGCACUGAUGUUGCAAAAGUUGACAUUGGCCCUGGAGUUGAAAAUAUGUCUGUGGAAUCUCUGAUGGCGACAAACUAUAUGACAUUUGACACUACUAGCUUAACAGGAAUGAAUAUAGCCUAUGGAAAUCAAACCUUAACUCAGUCUCUUAAUUUUCCGGGAAAAGAACGUCAUACUCUUAUACUAAAAAAUACAGGUGGCAUCCAAACUGAAUUGCUGCUUGAUGGCCUUACAUCAAAGUCAGAAGAUGGAAAAAAUCAAAUCAGAUUUAUAAACAAUUUGGCUUCAACCAUCAACAUCACAAUGGGUAGUACUUAUCUUGCAGAUGUGAAGAAUUUUUCUGCCACCAAUUAUACAUCCUUUACAAGAGGCGUAAAAGAGAUUGUUGUUUUUGGAGACAAUUCACUGACUUGCAAAAAUCAGUCAAUACCAUUUGGAUAUGGCAGUGCAUACACUAUUGUAAUUCAAGAGUGUAACAACAACAGACUAGAACUCAGAUACGUUGAAGAUAUCCAACCCAAUACAGUUCACAUGGCUUGGCAGAUCCCUCAGUACUUCAUUAUGACAUGUGGUGAAGUGGUCUUCUCUGUCACUGGACUGGCAUUUUCCUAUUCUCAGGCACCUUCCAACAUGAAAUCGGUGCUUCAGGCAGGCUGGCUGCUGACUGUGGCUGUUGGUAACAUCAUUGUUCUUAUUGUGGCUGGGGCAUCAAAACUCAGUGAGCAGUGGGCAGAAUACGUGCUGUUUGCUGCUUUACUGAUGGCAGUUUGCAUUAUAUUUUCCAUCAUGGCUUAUUUUUACACCUAUGUGGAUCCAGUUGAGAUUGAAGCCCAACUUGAUGAGGAUGAAAAGAAGAAAAUGGAAAAUGAGAAAAGCAUUUGUGAAAAUGGAACUGAGCCUAUCUCUCAGAGUGAAAUGUAA